AUGAGCGCAAACAAGAAUAAUGGGCACAACGCUCCCAGCGGCAAUACGCAAAUCGACAACGCGGCUUAUGCCAGCGAUCCGGAAGCGAGAAUCAACGCUUGGCUAAGAAUAAUCAGCAACCAGUCUCAUGGCAAGGUACCAGACAUUCCCCAUUUCGAGUGGCACAUCCACGAGACGAUUGAGAAUGCCCAACAGGUCUCAUCUUACCCUCACCAAUUCACAUUGGCUGACUUGCACAAACAGGACUGGAUGAACGACCUUGUUCCUCAGCUGCGUAUACACUCUCUUGACGCAAACAUGCCACACCCAGCAGCCUCAUUCCUAUUCACCAUCAAACGCGAGCACUGCAACAACAUGGGCACGCUGCAUGGUGGCUGUACAGCAACUCUGUUCGACAUUUGCACUACGUUGCCUCUUGCGUUUGUCACGCGCCCUGGCUUCUGGGACAUGCUGGGCGUCAGCCGUACGUUGAGCAUCAGCUAUCUAAGUGCUGCUCGGGUGGGAGAUGAAGUUGUCAUAGAGUGUGAGCUUUUGCAAGUCGGAAACAAGCUUGCGGCCAUAAAGGGCGUAAUGAGGAGAAAGAAAGACAACACCAUCGUUGCAACUUGUGAGCAUGGGAAGUAUAAUGCUGGCGCCAAGGUAUAG